AUGGAAAUGCAAUGCGCUCUUCCAACUCGCGCCACCCGCGGCAUUCCAUCUUUCUCUCGCCUGAUGGGAUAUAGCCUUAUUAAUCACCCUACCACAUAUAAACUCAUUGUAUUAUAAUAUCAUAAUCUCCUCGUUACUUUAUAAUUCAUUAGUUUAGCUUAGCUGGGAUGGCUACCAAUUCUCAUGUGUCCCGAUGUAUAUUUUUUGACUCGUGUUUAGAAUUGAGACAUUUGAUCACUGAAUUUUAUUAAGGCAUUCCUCAAUUGAUAACGGAUGUGACGGGAAGAAAAAAAAGAAAGAAAAUAGACCAAACACACACCCCACGCGCUACAACGACAUAUUAUAGCACUUGGAAGCCAGCCAACAAUUUACUAAUCGCGCCAAAUAUCACUCGAAUUAACCGUCUUCUCUGCAAUUAUAUUAGGUAUUAUACCAAGCCUACGUACGCGACGAGAGCCCACCAUUGCGCCUAGGCAACAGACCAAUUUGGUCCCUAUUCUUAGGUGACCGCGGUCGUGACGAUAGAUAAUGGAAUAUGUCGACCUCUUCACCGGCCACCGAGGUCGCGCGCUCUCACCAAGACGAUCUCACCGCUACCCGUGUUAAUACAAAAUCGAACCACAAUGGAUUGGACUCGCUCCAUGAUCUGGGCCGAUCGCCCACUACCUCUGAUGAUCCGAGUACUAGCACAUUGCUUAAAGGUUCCGGGAAGAGAGGUGUCAAUAAACUUACCCGGAAGGAAACAGGGGGGAAGGAUGUAAAAGAUAAAAAGGACGCGGAUGCCGGGGCCCGGGCCGGGCCGCAACCUAUACCCUCACCCUCACCAGCACUCGAUCCAUUAUCUCACCAUAUAUUUGCAAGGACCAAUACCGAACGCUCCAUUGCCUCCAGGUUUCGCAACCCCGGGCGGCCUGAUAGUCCCGCAAAUGAAACGAUGCCUCGUCUUUCGUCCGAGGUAUCUACCAAACAAGUGACCCCUCAACUCGACCACGUUAAGGAUAAAAGGAAGGGGGGUUUCCUUAGCCGUCUUAGCAUGAUUGGUGGCAAGAAGAAAGGCGAUAGUAUCCACGAUGAUGAAUCCGAAAUUAGCGAACUAAGGACCGAAGGCGCGAAUGCCAUUGCUUUCUCUUCUGCCGUUGGCGCUGGUGGUUAUAUCCCUCACCACAAAGAGCCGCCGCGUUAUAUUAGGGUUAGAGUACAGAAUAAGAAAGUCAAAGAAUUUAACCGCAUGUUUUUGGCGCAGGAGCUUGUAGGAACGCAAAAGCCAAUGGAGGACAGUCAGACGGACACCGGCAACGAAGCCGCAGCAGUACAAGAGCCUAUCAAGGACGAACCGGAACCAGGAGGGCCAAUCUGGGCUGUCGAGUUUAGCAAGGAUGGAAGAUACCUAGCCACCGGAGGUCGAGACCGGGUUGUACGUAUAUGGGCGGUUAUCGCAACACAAGAAGAAAGGAAAGUGAGCGAGGAGGAAGAAAACGCCACCAGCGAAAAAGAAGAGCGUCUUAGUGCCCCAGUCUUCCACGCGAAACCGAUCCGGGAAUUUGUUGGUCACGCGGGCGACAUUCUCGAUCUCAGCUGGAGCAAGAAUAACUUUCUCCUAUCUUCAUCCAUGGACAAGACUGUUCGUCUAUGGCAUAUAAGUAGACAGGAAUGCUUGUGCACAUUCAAACACAAGGAUUUCGUUACGUCUAUAGCCUUCCAUCCUCGUGACGACAGAUUCUUCUUAGCGGGCUCUCUUGACUCUUACCUGCGGUUGUGGAGUAUUCCAGAUAAAGCCGUUGCGUAUUCGAGUCAGCUCUCUGAUUUCAUUACAGCCGUUGCUUUUUCUCCCGAUGGGAUUACCGCGAUAGCGGGAUGUUCGAACGGGUUUUGCUUGUUUUAUGAGACCGAAGGUUUAAAAUACCAUACACAGAUCCAUGUGCGGUCAUCUCGAGGCAAAAAUGCAAAAGGAAGCAAGAUCACAGGUAUUGAGACGAUGGCAUUUCCCCCGGAUGCCCCAGAUGGCGUAGUGAAAGUUCUUAUCACAUCAAACGAUUCUCGGAUCAGGAUCUACAAUAUGAGAGACAAGCAUCUCGAUUUGAAACUUAAGGGUCAUGAAAAUGCAUGUAACCAAAUCAGGGCCACGUUUAGCGACGAGGGCAGUUACAUCAUAUGCGGAAGUGAAGAUAAGAGGGCGUUCAUGUGGUCUACCAGCCUAAAGCUUGCCGAGAAUAACGAGAAGAGACCUUGCGAAUACUUCGAGGCUCAUUCUGACAUCGUUACUGGAGCCAUUUUUGCUCCAACCGCAACGCGACAAUUACUACAGUCCUCUGGUGAUCCCAUAUUUACGCUAUGUAAUCCCCCUCCAGUAACACUUCUCAGUAAAGAGGAAUCGGCUGUCACUCGGACGGCAGAAUCCCAAGAUACACAGUCCGAAAGCUCAGCCAAAAUCAAAAAGCCCGAAGAGUCGCCAGUAUAUAUUGCACGGUCCGCUCACUACGAUGGUAAUAUUGUCAUAACCACCGACCAUGCAGGUUUAAUCAAGGUAUUUCGCCAGGAUUGCGCAUUUGUUAAGCGCCGCCACGAUAAUUGGGAGACUGGUUCGACCUUCUCUAGGAAACUUGGAAGAGACGGUUUACUAGGACGAAGUGGCAGUAUAGCCACGCGAAUCAGCGCUAGCAGCCGAGAUCCUCAUUCUCGUCGAAGCUCACUCACCCAGCCACUUCAGGGCAUAUUCCAGGCCAACUCUGAUCGAAUUAAUACAUGGAGACAUGGUGUCGAAGGACAUCCCGGCAGACCAAUCUCGGUAACCAUUUCAACUCCUGCGCGCAGCGAACGGUCUUUAUCACCGAGUAAGACAUCCCGUACCCCUAUAAACCUUACACCAAAUACAAGAAGACACCAUUAUGCCAGUAUGUCGGUUCCUAGUGUACCAGCAAGCCCGUCCCCCGGUAAACCGAUAAAUGGGAUCAAUAAUCGUUCAGGUCUACGAGAUUCACUAAUCCCACCAACACCGAGCUUCUCUCUUCGGCCACUGGAUGGGGAAGAAGACCAGUUAGAAUUGGACCCUUCCGGGGCAAGCCAUUCGUUUUGGAACCUUAAUAGAUGGCGAAAUAGUACCCAAGCGCGAGGCAAUGGGAAUCAUGGCCUCGCCCCUGAUUCGGCGCAUAACCGUUCCGCAAGUACUGGCCUAGCUUCUGACAUAGUAAUAGGGAAGGAUACUCGACGAAAGAGCACAGCAGUCGACGCCGAAGAUGCUAAUAAAAACGACUCCUCGGACAAAACUAAUCGCCGCAAGAGCUUACCGGCCGAGGCGGUAUUAUCCCGGGCGCAGGAACGUGACAAUCUCGAGCCUCUCAAGCCUACCACCAGUCGACCCGACUCUUAUGUCAGCCAAUUGAGCUCGGAGCUGACUAGCGAAGACGGCGAGGAUAUGCAAUGUCGAGCGUGCGGCAGCCGAGAGUUUCGGAUGAAGAAAAUCGGAGGAAAGAAGAAGCUUCUAUGUGGGAAAUGUGGCCGGCGGUCUGAUUAACCUGUCGUCUGCCAUCUCAGUGAUUUAUGUUUCGUUUAUUUUUUAUUUUUAUCUUUCCCCUUUAUUCCUACUCUAGUCCUAUUCUUACUACAGCGAGACGAUGAUUGUAUAGAUAGUUGUGUGUGUAUGUGUGUGAGCGGAAGGAUUAUACGGCCUGUACGAAGAAAGGAUUUUGAAAUGAUUGGUCAAUUGGUUAGAUAUACGCAUGGCGAUGGAUGUUGUUUCUGGGAUAUUUAUUUUUUUAGGAGUUGUAAGAGAAAUAUGGCUUUGGGUAUUGGUAUUGAUAUAGAUACCACGAUCGGUUUUGAUUGAUACACUGACUGCUCUUUGAUAUGUAUACCCAUAUCUUGAAUCUUCAACUAAGAAAUACCCUACGCUUUUAAGGAUGAUAAUAUAUUUAUUUCCAAUUUUUUUUAUGUUUUCAUACCGUUACGAGCUUGAGUCUGAUGUGUGAUGGGUAUGGUUGUUCCCGAUCUCCUACGUCGGCAAUCUGAGGCUGAGCUGAGAUGAUAUAUAUAUAUAUAAAAAGCGAGAUAGUCAUUCCAAGAUUUUCUUCCCUUUUUCAUAUCACGGCCUUAUUAUAUG